CUUCCGGCACUCGGCGGCUGGGAUUUUUUCGAUCUGUUCUCGAACGAGCAACUGAUCGGGGUUUACGUUUCCUGGCGGUUUUUCCAAACCGGUGUGGGUAAAGCCUGGCAGAACCACAUAUCGGAAGAUGCCGCGCCGUCCGACCCGAGACCUCCUCCACAAUUGGGGGCCAAACUACCUUCGGAAGAGCUGCAAGACAGGCGGGACAAUAUCAACGAGGAAGACCGCCAGCGCAACAGAGAGAAACUCGAUGGGGAGCUGACGUUUGAACUGUGUUUGGUGAUUCUCAAGCUCAUCAAAGAGGAAUUUUUCCUGGAGGAAACAUCAGUGCCCGAGUGUUACUUCGAGACCACUGAGCACGAUGUUGGUUCAGCGAGCGCUGAACAGAUGAAGGCGAACAAGACCAAAUUGAAUGUCAAACGAACAGCAGAAGGAGUAGGAGCUCCUGCAGCACGUCGUGCAACUACUUUUCCCGGCACCAGCGGUUCAUCUCCUUUCAGCCGUGCUUUGGUCCGUUGGAUUUUCUACUUUUUGCGACAGAAGGACAAGCAGUACGACAAUGAAGUAAAUGCGUUCCCGGGCGACCUCAAGUUCGUUCGCUUCGUGGUAGGAAAUUUUUGCCGCUAUGGAUUGCUGGACGUGGUCGAACUUGACAAAACACUGC